AGGUCAUAGGACAUAGUCAAUCUUUACCUUUGUUGUCCUAUGAUAUGAAUUUCCACCUCAAUCAUCAAUAACAAUCUUGAACUUGUUCUUUGCUAAAACAAACUUCCACCUCUAAGUAAGAAACAAAAGCCUCCUCUUCUUUUAUUUAUGGAAUCUAGAUAAAAAAUAUCAUGCAUCUAUUGGUUUGGUCAUUGGUGUAAACACCCAGUGUGGAUCCAGUGUGUUGAGUUCUUCCAAAAGUUUGUCUUGAAGAAAAACUCCUCAAUUCUAUACUAGGUUCCUAUUCACAAUGGGACUCUCACCAUAUACAACUCCAGCAGAUGCAGGAGUGUUCUGUGUGAUUCUGGUUAAUACAGCCAUAUCCAUAUCUAUUGUCAAGGGAAUGGUUCGAUCUAUUCUUCAUGUGAUUGGCAUCAACUUUGCAUCCUGGGAAGAAUAUUCUAUUGAAGGCCCCUUGGACCCAUUUGAGUGUCGUGGGAGUCCCUCGGGGUCAUACAUGGAGGAGUUCCGAAGCAGAACCCCUGCUGUUCGUUACGAUUCAUUGUGUAUAUCUAAUAACCCUACACAAGAAUGCCCGGUAUGCCUGGCAGAUUUCAACCAUGACGCGGAGAUAAAUCACCUCUCAUGUGGCCAUGUUUUUCAUAAGCUCUGUCUCGAGAAAUGGCUAAAGAAUUGGAAUGUCACCUGCCCCCUCUGCAGGGAUUACAUUAUGCCUCAAGAAGGGGAGGAAGAUACUUGUCCAAUGUGAAUUUAGUAGUUUGUCAGGCUACUCCUUCUGUUCGAGAUGUUCUGAUGUACAUGUUAGUUGGGUAAAGGUUUUAUAGAUGACUGCCUGAUCGUUGACACGGCAUAACUCUGUAACUUUUUAUACUGUAAUACUCUGCGUCCUAUCAUAGUGACGGGUCUCUUUGUUGCGACCGAGAAUUCAUACAUUGUUGUACAUAUGAAAUCGCCAUUUCCCAAUGUUUUCCAUCAUCUGGCUUAGCUAGCAACCCAAUAAGUGAUUAUUUUAUUGCUUGAUUGAUAUGGUGAAAUGUCACAUAUUCCUA